GAGAGUAAGCCAUAUAGCAGAAAAGGACAAUAGGUAAGAGAGAAGUGCAAGGAAGAGGGGGAGAGAGAAAGGGAUAGAGAGCAUACAAAUGAGGGAAAAGGGAGGGCUGGAGUCAGGCUGAGAUGUAUGCUAAAGCCAGUGUUGUGUAUGAGCAACCAGAGAAAAGAGCAGAGUGACUGGGAGGAGGAACUCAGAGAGGAGAUACUGGGGCACGAGGCAAAAAGACUGGGACGUGGGGAGACAGACACAUGGACUGAGUCUUACAGCAGAAUGACAGAGAGGAAGAAGAACCUGCAAGACAAGCAGCCACAGGGCCCAAGAAGAUGCUAGCUACAUUGAAUGUAUGAUGCCCCGUAUAAUGUCAUCAUGCUGGUCCUCCAUCCUUGUUUUCCACCUUCUUCUUCUAUAUCCCGAAUGGAAGGUGUUGGGAUGCCCUGCCAGGUGUGAUUGUACACCCAAUCAACGUUCAGUCAUCUGCCACCGCAAGCGCCUCACAACAAUCCCAGAAGGUAUUCCCUCUGAAACAAGGCUCUUGGACCUCAGUAAAAACCGCAUAAGGUGCCUGAAUCCUGGUGACUUCUCUCCCUACUCUCUAUUGGAGGAAGUGGAUCUUAGUGAGAAUAUCAUCUCCACUAUUGAGCCAGGGGCUUUUGCCAAUCUCUUCUUUCUUCAGACACUUAAACUAAAAGGCAACCAGCUUAAGUUGAUUCCAACUGGAGUCUUCACGAAACUUAGCAACCUAACUUUGCUGGAUAUUAGUGAAAAUAAGAUUGUCAUUCUUCUGGAUUUUAUGUUUCAAGAUCUGCGGACUCUGAAAAGCCUUGAAGUUGGAGACAAUGACUUGCUCUAUAUUUCACAGAAGGCCUUCUAUGGACUUGUGUCUCUGGAUCAGCUGACCAUUGAAAAAUGCAAUCUGACCUCUAUAUCCCCAGAGUCACUGUCUUACUUGCAGGGUUUGGAGGUCUUGAGGCUUCGUUAUUUAGGUAUAAACUCAUUAGAGGAGCAAAAUUUUCAGAAGCUCUUCAACCUCAAGGAACUAGAAUUGGAAGGCUGGCCAUUACUAGAGGAUGUUUGUCAUACAGCUUUUCAAGGUUUGAACCUCACUUCUCUUUCUAUCACCUACACAAAUCUCACAUCAGUGCCAGCGGCUGCCCUGAGGAACUUGGUGUAUCUGGAAUACAUAAACCUUUCCUAUAAUCCAAUCAGAAUCAUUCAACGAGGCACCUUCAAAGACCUUGUUAGGCUUCGCGAGCUUCACAUCGUUGGGGCCUCACUAAGCACAGUGGAGUCCCAAGCAUUUUUAGGGCUUCGACAAAUACGCCUACUCAAUGUAUCCAAUAACCUGUUGGCAACACUGGAAGAAAGUGCCUUCCAGUCAGUCAAUACUUUGGAAACAUUACGAGUGGAUGAUAACCCUCUUGCUUGUGAUUGCCGUUUACUUUGGAUCCUGCAGCGCAGAAAAACAUUGAACUUUGACAGCCACCAACCUGUUUGUGCCUCUCCAGCCAAAAUUCAAGGUAAUGCCCUGCGUGACUUCCCUGACUCUAUACUUUUUGAACAUUUCACCUGCCAAAAGCCCAAGAUAAGGGACAGAAAGCUUCAACACAUCACAGCACAUGAAGGGCAGCCUGUGUCUUUCCACUGUCGAGCAGAUGGGGAGCCUGCCCCACUUAUUGUAUGGGUCUCACCACAAAGAAGAAUGAUCACCAGUAGAAGUAUGGGGAGAUCCACUGUAUUACCAGAGGGAACACUAGAGAUUCGAUAUGCGCAAGUGCAAGAUAGUGGAACAUACAUCUGCAUUGCAACUAAUGCUGGUGGUAAUGACACCUAUUUCGCUACAUUAACAGUUAAAAGUGAUAAUUCCCCCUUCUCUAACCGAACAAUGUACUUAUCAGAAUACAAUGAUACUUUCCACAAUGACACACAAGUCUUCUUGAAAUUCACUCUAGAUCUGAAAACAAUAUUAGUGUCCACAGCCAUGGGCUGUAUUACUUUUCUAGGGGUUGUUCUUUUUUGCUUCCUUCUCCUCUUUGUCUGGAGCAGAGGAAGAGGACAGCACAAAAACAAUUUCACAGUGGAGUAUUCUUUCCGUAAAGUUGAAGGCCCUACCUCUGCUACUGGACAUGGUGGGGCAAGAAAAUUUAAUAUGAAGAUGAUAUGAAAGAGUUUAUAACAACAGAGGUUUCACUGAUUUGGACACUGUGAUACUUGCCCAUUAAUUAUAGCUGGUUAAAAGGAGUGCCUGACUAAUCAAAAAUAUCAAGUCCAGACUAUUUGGUAUCUUCAUACCUGCUUUUCCAACCACAAGGGCUAUGAACAGGCAUUUGCCAAGUGAGCUCCCUUGUUCAGCUACCCAUGACAUGGAACCAAAUGGGGUAAUUACUAGUCAACAUUCCAGGAGCCUUGUGCUUCUUCCUUAAAAUAAGAUGUGCAAAAUGUCUAACAGGCUCCAAAUGACUUUAUGUAGAUCAAAUAUUUCUUAAAGUAACAGUUAACGUUAGAUUGUUGGUAGGGGUUUUUAGGUAUGCUAUUUUUAAGCAGAGGCAAACAGAGUUAAUAAAAACAACCUUGAUUUAUUUUAUACAAAGUAGCAUGACAUGGUUAUAAAAAUAUUCAGUAUGUGUGGAAAACCAUAACAGGUUAAGAUCAAUAAAUGCAAUCAAUUCUUUCAUCAUACAGGGGCCAAUUCUAGUACAGCUCUUCAAUUACAAAGAAAGAAAAAUUCCUUUGUCACACAAUAACAGAAGCACUGUUUCAAUUAAAAUGCUUAGGGGGGAAUCGGGUGUUCUGUUUAAUAAAAUUAUAUAAAAUUGCAGUAUUGCUUAUUAAAGAAAGAAGCAGAACAGUGUUUGCUAAGCAUCAUUUUCAGUAUAUACUGUCAGGAUAAGCUAAAUUGUGAUCCACCACUGAUAUGCAGCUAUCACUCACAAUAUAAGCUUCUCACCUUAAAAAGCACAUAUGCCCUAGUAUUCCUUUGUUGACAUAUAGUUAUAGGAGCAGAUUUAUUAAGGGUAAAAUUGAAAAUUUGAAUAUUCAAAUAUUUUUUUAUUGACAAAAUUGUCAAA